UUCACGUUCGAUGCACCCAGUUGUGAUAGUUGCACAUGUGCCUAAUAUUUAAUUUGUUUUUUAAUUUUUCAUCCAAUUGUUGAUCUUUGUUUCUCAAUAGUCACUAAUACAUACUAGGGAGUACUGAAGAUUAUUAUUUAUUCUCAAAAGAGUGUUGAUUUUGCGAAACAGAGUCUUCCGAAAAUGAAUGAAGUUGAACCCUGCUCGAUUUGCCACGAAGACUUAUGUACCCGCGGCGACGAUGGCGAAUUAGUUAGUUUCACAACUUGCGGUCACGUCUACCAUUCUCACUGUCUUGACCAAUGGAUGGAAAGAUCAGAAACAUGUCCUCAGUGCCGGACUGAUCUGGAUCAGUUUGAUGUAUUCGACUUUGAGUUUAUUGGAACACCGAAUUGGGAAAUGAUUGAGGAGAUGAAGAUUGAGGCGAAACUGCGGGAUUAUUCAGAUUUAAAAACAGCUAUCAAGAAACUUGAAGAUCAAGUGAAAUCUCUCCUGAGCAGUGAAUCCAGUUUGAAAGAUGAAUUAGCCGCAAAAAAUAAGAAAUUGCAAGAAAUGGAAAAAAACGUAAAAAUGGCGAAUUCAAUGAACAAGAAAUUGAAGAAAGAAAAUAAAAAAUUAUAUGAUUUAAAAGACAAGUUGAACGAAGAAACUGCUGAAGUAUUUAAGAAGACGAAGGAAGAUUUGGACAAGGCGGGCUUGGCUAAUGAGAAAUUGAAGAAAAAGAAUAUAGAAUUGGAGCGUAGUAUUGAACAACACUUGAAAGUUGAAGCUGAUUUUAAAAAGAAGUUGGACACAGAAAGACAGAAGUACGAAGUUGAUACUUUGAAAUCCAAGGAUACGAUUGACAAAUUGAAAGCUAAAUUACUACGGGAGCAACGCAAGAAUUCAUUGAAACAAUUGAGUGAUAAAUCGAAAAGAAGUAUUGCGAGACGAAAUGAGAAACUAAAAACCAAACUACAUACAAAGAAAAAUAAACGAUGUAAUUCUAGUGGAAAUUGGAAAAUUGAAGUGAUUCGACAGAACAAUUUGAAAGAAUUACUUACCAAGAACUGAAAAAUAAACAGAGUAGGUGCUGACUAUGAGUAAUGAAUGAAUAGCGUAUACCUAACGUCAAAGAAUUCGAGGAAAGGAUCGAGGUGGUAUUUUUUAAUUUACAUUUAGGUUUAUUUUUUGUUUUCAUUGAGUAGGUAGCUAGGUGCUACGUAGCUAAUCGUUUAUUUUGUAGAACCAAAGAAAUAACAAUCUUGAAUCUACGCUAUACUUGUGUAAAUAUUUCAAUAUUUUUUAAGUUCUUUAUCUAUUAUCAUUACUAUUGACUUUGACGCUUGUAUUCAAAUUGUGAUUACUAAUUUUUUAGGGUAGCCAUUAUUUUUUUUCGAUGAUGUAAUUUUCAUAAUUUACGAAUUUAUAAUCAUUAAUAUAGGCUACUUGUUGUGUUGGAAAUCACGACUUAUUUUGCUGUUUUUCUUUCUCUUGCGUUUUACUAUAAUGCUUUACGUUCAAAGGCAAUCAGCACGCUUCACCGCUUGAAGGAAAAAUUACAAUUAGAGUCUCUGUAAAAAAUAGGUACAGUGAAAGUGACUCAGACGAAGCAUUU